AUGUCUUCAACAGCAGUAGAGACCAAGACAACAACCAACAACACCACAACAAAAAGAGGCCGCUACGGCCUCUAUAACACUCCCCUCCUAGAAUCAAACGCCAUGCGCAAAAUAGUAGCAGAACAAUGCUCUAUGAACCCCGGCAAAGCAGCCGUCCUCCUCCAAAUAUCCGCAAAAGGCAUCGGCAAAGGCGUCUCAGACCACAGCAGCUUCACAAAGCGACCUAUCGAACGCGCCCGUAGAAGUUUAGUCUACAUCUACGGCAUGAGUUUUGGUACAGAAUCCGAGCGCCAAAGAAUAACAGACGCCACACAUCGCGCCCACAUGCGCGUUAAAGGAACCGACUACGACGCCGACGAUAUCCAGCUCCAACUCUGGGUAGCAGCUACAAUCUACUGGUCCAUGGUAUUAGGAUACGAGGAAAUCUACGGCGCAAUGGAAGACGAGUUCGCCGAUCAAGUCUAUAAGGAGUUUUCCGUUAUGGCGACUGGUUUACGUGUAGAGGCGGGGCUUUGGCCAGCUGAUAGGGAGAGUUUCGCAAUUUAUUGGGAGAAGAUGAUUGCCGAGUUGGAGGUUACUGAUGAAGCGAGGGCUGUUGCGAGAGAUGUUAUGUAUUCUGGUGUUAAUAUGCCAUGGGGGUUUUGGAUAUUGGCUAAGCUUCUUGGGCCUAUGCAGAGGAUUGCUACGGUUGAGUAUUUGCCUGAGAGAAUUCGGGAUCAGCUUGGUUUUCCGUCAACGGUUUAUACGAGGACGAUGUAUUGGGUUAAGGUUGGUGUUGAUAGGGUUGUUUAUCCUUUGUUGCCGGAGGGUGUGAGACAUUUUUCGAAGAUUUAUCAUAUGGCUGAUUUUCGGGAUCGGUUGGCUAAGGGGACCAGGUUGUGA